AUGGCUGAGGAAGUUCGUCAGGAAGAUGCUGAUACUUCGGCUGAAGGAAGCGGCUGGUUCGGUGAGAGUGCUCCAGUUCCAUUUUGGGGUCCAAUGGCCAUUAAAUUCUUGAAAGUAAGUUGUUUUAUCUUUUUUGUUGGUGUUUAGGUUCAUUUUAACUCGAGGAAGAGACUCUGGCAAUGACCUGAAAUACUUUUUAUGUUGUAAAUGCUAAAAGUAUUAUCUAUUUUAUAGCGUUUUAUCCUUUGUUGGCCCAAAAAACUGUUCUCUCGCCUAAAACGCUUUUAUUUUUAGCUGAACAGAAUACCAAGGCAUAUUGCCUUUAUCAUGGAUGGAAAUCGGCGUUAUGCACAUAGCAACAACAUGGGAUCUGUUGUCAAAGGGCAUUUCCGAGGUUUCGAUCAACUGACAAAGGCAAGAUUAGAUAAAAUUCCAGUCCGAAUACGGAAGAUUAAUGUGUUUAACCUUUGUUUCUCCGACUUGCAAUGUAUUGAGUUUUUAUAGGUGUUGGAUUGGUGCAAUCAACUAGGCGUCCGGGAAAUUACAUGUUAUGCCUUCAGUAUCGAAAAUUUCAAGAGAUCAAAAGAAGAGGUCGAUGGAUUGCUCCAGAUGGCUGAGCAGAAGUUCACACGAUUACUGGAAGAAAAGUAAAGACUUGUUUUGAUUUUCGAAUAUUUAGGAUAGCCAAAAACCAUUACCUCAUCUUUGUCAUCAAGUUGAUUUAUGUGCGUUUAAGUUCGUAAAGUCCGAACAUUCGUAUUUACAAAAGUUGCGUAUUUUCAAUUAUAUUUCAGAGAGAAAUUGGCCGAACGACAAGUGAAAUUCAGAUUUUUCGGCAAUCUUGAUCGCCUUCCCACCAAACUUCAAUGUCUUAUGGCCGAGAUUGAGUUGUACACAAAGGAUUUUGACCGGUUAGUUGCUUUAUCAUUACUAUCUUCAAUUUAGAGCUUUUUUGAAUGUGUGUUUGUCCUACACAUCACAGGAUGAAAUCGUUCGAGGGAUGGAAAAAAUUCGACAAGCCAAGAAUGAUGGGAUAAUUCAAGAAGAGUAGGUCUAAUGUUUAAUCUUAUGGCCCAAAAAUUAUAGAGACAUCACAGAAGACCUCCUAAACCACUCUCUUGACACAGGCUCAUCAUUACCGGUCGAUAUGCUCAUCAGGACCUCGGGGGAAAAACGGCUCAGCGACUUUUUGCUGUGGCAGACCUCAACAAAAGAGUGUUUCCUUCAUUUCGAUGAUGUCCUAUGGCCAGAUUUCGACUUUCCACACCUUUUCAAGGCUAUUUUGAGGUAUCAAAUGCAUGUUAUCACUCAGGUAAGAAUAAUUUUUAUAUUAAUCAUCAUGAUUAACAUUCUUUUGUCUUUAGGGAAUCGUAGAGCAAAAAGUAAAAGAAACCGAGACAAUACGGAGGUUCCGUGAAUACCAGCAGACUCUACGGCAUCAGAAAUGGGAACAGCUUUUGGCGCAACAAGCCUAG